AUGUCCGACCGGCUCAAGGAUCUCUCCGAGAUCGUGAGCAACUCCCUUUCCAUAUACGCCGCCGGAGACGACUUCUCCGGCGUACCGAUCCAGAACCGCCGUCUGAUGAGCGAGGAAAGGGGGCGGCAGGAUUUUCCGAUCUGGCUAUCCCGGCGAGACCGGGCGCUUCUGGAUUUGGAGCCGGCGGCGAUCGGGGCAGACAUAGUGGUGUCGAAGGACGGCGGCAACGGCACCGUGAAGACGAUAUCGGAGGCUAUCAAGAAGGCACCGGAGCACAGUAGUCGAAGAUUCAUCAUUCACGUGAGGGCAGGAAGGUACGAGGAGAAAGAGCUGAAGUUGGGGAGGAAGAAGACAAAUAUAAUGCUCAUUGGGGAUGGGAAGGGCAAAACAGUCAUUACAGGUAGAAAAAACGUCCAGGAGAAAAUGACAACAUUCCACACCGCAUCUUUUGCUGCAACCGGGGCUGGUUUCAUGGCCAGAGACAUUACGUUCGAGAACUACGCGGGUCCCACCAAGCACCAGGCCGUGGCCCUCCGAGUUGGGGCCGACCACGCAGUGAUCUACAGGUGCAGCAUCAUCGGCUACCAAGACACCCUUUACGCCCACUCUCAAAGGCAGUUCUACCGAGACUGCGACAUUCACGGCACAGUCGACUUCAUAUUCGGGAACGCGGUCGUCGUCUUCCAGAGCUGCAACAUCCAUGCUCGCAAGCCGAUGCCCAACCAGAAGAACACCAUCACCGCCCAGAACCGCAAGGACCCCUCGCAAAACACUGGAAUCUCGAUCCAAGCGUGUCGGAUCAUGGCCGACCCAGACCUCGAGGCCUCUAAGUCAACCUAUUCGACCUACUUGGGCCGACCCUGGAAGAUGUACUCCCGGACCGUGUACUUGCAAUCCUACAUGGGAGACCACAUUCACCCGAGUGGCUGGCUCGAGUGGAACGGUGACUUUGCCCUCGACACGUUGUAUUACGGGGAGUACAAGAAUUCCGGACCAGGUGCCGCUUUGGGCCAACGAGUGAAAUGGCCCGGUUAUCGUGUCAUCAAGUCCGCGGAUGAGGCGAGCAGGUUCACGGUGGAGAAGUUUAUUUCGGGUUCCGAGUGGUUGCCCUCCACUGGGGUGGCCUUCGUGGGUGGACUCUCGAGUUGA